AUGGAGAGAAGCAUACAGAAAAAAUUCGUAUUUGAAACUAUUAUAAAGUUAGCACUUGAUUCUAGUGAUGAAGAGUCUAGUGAUUCAGAUUCAGAAUUAGCGGAAAUUAUAUAUAAUUAUUGCGAACGUCAACCAAGAAUACCGAAGGUACAUUGUAAAAAUUAUGUCGAAGAUGUUGUUUGGCAAUACACCGAUGUGGAUUUUAAGAGUCAUUUUCGCCUCAGUUGACCAACUUUUCGGUUCUUAUUGGAAUUUGAAGGGCAUGGUAGACAAACUAUAUCACCAGAAAAAGCGUUAUUAUUAAUAAUAUUAAUGUUAGGAACUCCUAAUUCUUAUAGGUAGCUUAAAUUGAUUAGAUUUAUGAUUUCUUAAAGAUAUGACUAAUGUAUUAUUAAGAUAUGUUCUCAAUGAGUGUGAUGUGCGUGGAAAGGCAAAGUAAGCCAACACAAGAUAUUCGUGUGUAAUGUAAGAUAAUACAUCUUACAUAAUAAUACAUCUUAUAAUACAUAAUACAUCUUAUAAUACAUCUUAUAAUACAUCUUAUAAUACAUCUUAUAAUACAUCUUAUAAUACAUCUUUUUGCUCGAAGCACAAAGAUCGUAAUAGUAAUGAGGAAGGUAAGAAAGUUAAGGGAACGGUAUAUACCAUUGAUGUUUCAAGGAUAGUCAAAAACCAGUUUGUUCAUAGAUGGAAUCAGAUUUGUAGAUUGUUAAACAAAAUUUUAUGCAAAGCUAAAUGAUUGUAUUGAGAAAUAAUGUACAUAUUUUGU